UAUGAUUAUAUGUAACAGUUUGCCGGUUUCAUCGCAGAUUGUGUAAAAUGUUGAAAGUUCGCAGCAUUGUCCUGCUGCCAAGGAGAUGGAAGAGCGGGGCCAAGAAGCGAUGGAAUGUCCUGCAGAACAAGAAGAACAAUUGCGACCGGGCCAUGGACAACUUCGACGACUUCUACGGAAGUGUUUACGGCAGCCGGUGGAAGAACAUGCGGGCGGCGCUCCUCACGAGGCACAAAUACGUCGCCAUGGUGAACAAUUUCGGGGACACGGAGCAGACAUGCAGCAUGCUGGAAACAGACGGAGCCAUCAACAUGAAGUCCCUGAUUAACCUGGCACAGGAUCGCCUGAAGGACAGCACGGAAACGGUGCCGGAGCAGGGAAAAUCCCGCCAUGAAAUAGAAGGCAAACUGGAUGCACUAUUCCGAAAGCAGCAGGAACGCGAAGUGGCUUCUAUUUAUCCAAGUUCAGGAGAGGAUGGGUCAUCUAAUUCACUCCCACAACAACUGAAGUUCGACAACACAGAGGAAAAGCAUCCAGCGGAAGAGGAAUUCAAUAAUCCCUUCAAACAGAGCCUUACAAAGGCCCUGGAGGAAGAUGUGAAGCUGGACGAGCAUCGCUUGGUGGAUCCUCAGUUCGGCACUGGCGGACUGUAUGAAUACAUGCCCGCCCACAGCAUCAAGGGCAUGGAGGAUUGGGUGGCGGAGUCGGAGCACUAUAAGUACUACCAAACCAGCGCCGAUUUUCCACUCACCAUUGAACCAGAGGCUUCAUUUCACUAUCCCGAGCAUCUCUCCCUGUACACCUAUGAAAUGGGCAAUUGCUCCGACUUUAAGGGACCGAAAAAAUGCCUCACUGGCGUCCUCUCCCACUUCAUGAUGGAUGGCGCCUCCACUUUGCCACCGCUUUUCCUGCAGGUGAAGCCAGGUGAGCGGGUGCUCGACGCCUGUGCCUCUCCUGGCGGCAAGUCACUGCUAAUGCUGCAGACCCUUCACUUGGAUCGCCUCGUCUGCAAUGACAUCCAAGAAUCCCGCCUGAAUAAGCUGCGCAAAGUCAUGCAGGAGUACCUGUUCGACUUCAAGGAGCGCUGGGCGAGCAAGCGACUCAUCUUCAAUCAGAGCGAUGCCCGCAACCUGGACCAGUAUGAGCAGUUCGACAAGAUCCUGGUGGACGUGCCCUGCACCACGGAUCGCCAUGUGCUCAACGAGCAAGACAAUAACAUCUUCAAGCCUACGCGCAUAAAGGAACGCCUGCGGAUUCCCGAACUCCAAGCUGGUAUCCUAGCCAAUUGUCUGCGCUUGCUGCGACCAGGAGGAAGCUUGGUUUACUCCACCUGCUCACUGUCGCCCAUCCAAAACGAUGGUGUGGUGCACAUGGCACUGCAGAAAGUGUUCACGGAAUACGGCAUCACAGCCACCAUCAAGGAUCUGAGCCAGCAUACGGCGCUCUUCAGCGAUGUCUUCAAGUUUGAGCACCCAAAGGGUCUAAAGUACGGACAAAUGGUGGUUCCCUACCUACCAGCCAACUUUGGGCCAAUGUAUUUCAGUAAAAUAACCAGAAAUGUGUGAUUAAUUGAUGUGAAAAGUACAUUAAAGAUAAUUUUUAAAGCUCGAAAUCUUCUAUCUCGGUAUUUGAUUUGAAUGGGAGAAUAUAUUCAAAGAUAUAACUAUUUUCUAAAUAAAUCAAUUCAGUUGUAAAAUUAAAAA